AUUCAUCAAUGUGAAUGUAAGAAAAUAGACAAAAGUGUUGCACUAAAUUCUCACGAUUUCCCAGUGGCGAUAACUAAUGAAUGGAACAUCUCAACCCACACACUGACAUCUGUCACAUCUUCGGCUCAUUCACCAGCUGGAAGGUGGCAAAUCUGCGGCUGCGGCUAUCCAAAAUCCGAAUCAACUCGAGCGCGAGCCGUCGAAUGAACCGCUACUAGCAGGUACUACUUGAACUUGAGCGGCGGGGCGGUAGCAUAGCGGACGGAUAGAGUGAAGUGAAAGAGUACCAACCAGCACCAUUGGUGAAGCUAGUGUUGUAUAAAAACAUUGGACACGUCGCGGUCGCAAUAAAAGCUGAUUUCAGCUGGAUUCAAUCUGUUUUCGCCGUGCCAAGUGGAUAGUCGACAGAGGAGAAUCUUCUUCUGCUGUGCUUGCCAUCAGAGUUGCAACCGGGCUCCGUUGAAACGAAUGGACCACCGAAUUAGAGGAUAGGAAACUUGAAGGGAACGAACUCCUUCGAUUUAAGGUGAACAAACUUCUGCAAAUUUAGCAGUUUUGAGUUGAAAAGCGAAAGCAAAAGCAGCACUCAAAAUGGACGAGACGAUGAUGUUGAUCUUGCUGGUGAUUGUUAUGUUGGUUGGGUCCUACCUUGCUGGAAACAUUCCGCUGAUUGUGACCAUGUCCGAGGAAAAACUGAAAAAUGUUUCAAUCUUUGGAGCCGGCUUGCUGGUAGGGACAGCCCUCACGGUAAUCAUUCCGGAGGGAAUCCGAUCUCUAUACGAUGAAAGCAAUCUGGAAGCAAAAACCCUGGCAACCUCCGGUGCACCGGAUCAUAAGCACAGUGCCGAUGAACAUUCCUCUACGAUCGGUCUGUCGCUGGUGCUGGGAUUCGUUUUCAUGAUGUUGGUGGAUCAGGUAUCUUCCCGCCGUAAGGAAGGUUCGACCGAGCGUAAUUUGACCGCCACGAUCGGUUUGGUCGUCCAUGCCGCCGCUGAUGGAGUGGCAUUGGGUGCAGCGGCCACCACCAGCCAUUCCGAUGUCGAAAUUAUCGUUUUCCUAGCCAUCAUGUUGCACAAAGCUCCGGCAGCUUUCGGACUGGUUAGCUUUCUACUGCACGAAGGUAUCGAACGGCAGCGGAUACGGAAACAUCUGCUGAUUUUCUCCCUGUCAGCACCACUUCUUACGCUUUUGACGUACUUUGGAAUCGGUAGCGAACAGAAAGAAACCCUAGAAUCGUUGAAUGCCACCGGCAUUGCUAUGUUGUUCUCGGCCGGAACGUUCCUGUACGUAGCGACGGUUCACGUGCUUCCGGAAUUGACUCACAACACCGGCCAUGGAGGCCAUCGCAGUGGUCCUCACUACGAUUACAAUCUACUGGAGCAGCAGUCGGUCGCCAGUGGCAAGGUCGCUGUUCACGGCGCUGGCAGUGGACUCAAGAACACCGAAUUGGCUCUGCUUAUUCUGGGAGCAUUGAUGCCGCUGUUUCUUACCGUCGGGCACCAUCAUUGAGUGGGAUGAUCCACGAUGGGAGACAUAAAAAUCGAAAACAUUGCCAAAUUUGUUUUUAAUUAGGUGGAUGCACUAAAAUAGCUGACGUAUAUAAUGGAAUUAAGGGAACGAGUACGAAGGAGGAAGAAUCAGGCCGAGGUCGUAUACAUGUUUAAACGGGAGAUAUCUAUUCGGUCUCCGGUGUGUGAUGCAAUAUCUUUGCUUUUAAAACGCUCAUGGUAAAUUCCAUUAACCAUUACUCAUCCUUAACGGUACCGUUAGUUUUGCUUAAACGAAUUAAUUUCAUAAGUGCAUAAAAUGCAGUCGUCAACUGUAGACUUAUUCUCCAAUUCUAGACGUUUACAAUAAACCAGAUAACGGAAACAUGAGACAUAGUUUAGAACCACGACGAUAGUGAAAGCGCGUGAAAGUAAUCAACAAGGUAAAUUUUUUAUCAACUUAUCAGAUAAACUUGCAGCGCGUUUCUGGCUCUAAAAUGGCUUAGGAAAGCGUCAUAAACUUUCCUUUAACACUCUUUCAUAAUCAACUAACAACGCGCAGAGGCAUACAAAUUCAUAUUAGAUAACGACAAGCCGGCGUGACGUGAGAUGUAAAUAGAACGAGAACGUACGUCGAAGGCUGCAAGCUAAGGCUAAUUUAUGGCCGAUUUAGACGUAGAUUGUAGGUAUUGUUUAACUCUAGGAUUAGGCAACUGUGCGCAAUGAGAGAAUAGACCUACUACACAGGUGUUGUAGAAGGAUACGCCGUGGCUGUUUUCUUAUUCGUGGAACAAACCAUUGCUAUCACUUUGUUGUAAAUCGUGUAUACAUGUGCGUAGACUACUGAGCGAAAUAGUUCGAUGUAGAAAAAUACAAUAUUGGUCGUAAGUGA